CUGCCACUUUAGAAUCAAACUCAUGAUCUCAAAUGAGAUUUUUUACACUUAAAGUCCGGAGAGAUUUACACCUUAAGUUCAGAGAGAGUCAGUUAAGGCGAGUGGGAUUGAAGAAGAAUUCUUCUAUCAAGGCUAAGCAAAGAUCUUCAAAACUAUUAGCCUUUCAUCUUCCCCAACUUUGAUCAAUUAUCCAUAAAGAAAAGCCGUCACAGAAGUCAUAAAGCAAGGAAUGCACACCAAGAAAGAAUUAUGAAUAUACUCAAGUAAAGCGUGAACAGGGUCCCUCCAAGGUCAUUAUGACCGUUACCAACCAUUUCAUAGGUUUGGAAAAUCGUUUCGACUCCACCGCAAGAUAAUCAUUUAAUCUCUCUAUCACCCACGUGUCCCUCUCAAACAUCUUAUAAUAAUCCUUCGUCAGCAUGGACAGGUUGCAAGAGAUUGCAAGUAUUGAAAUCUGUACUUUGUUUCACAGGAUCAGAGCCGCCUGCCACGAAAAAUCUUCGAAUUUUAAACUCUCACUUUCUAGCCGUUGAAAUCACUUCCUCUCUCACCUUCUCUCAAAGAAAAAGAGAGGAAAAUCUAUCAUUCACGGUCUGUCCUUUUAUCUUAUCUCUUCGAUUGCAGGUUCAAGUCGGUAUCCCGAACCAUCUUUAAAUUAUUCUGGCCAGAGCAGAUUCUGAGUACAGAAAUGAAGGGAAUGAAAGGGAAGCUAUUAAAGAAGCUGAAAUCAGUCAAGCCCCUACAAAUUGGGUACUUGAUGCCAGAUCGAAUUAUUCAUGCCAAUGCAGCAGAUGGGUUCGUCGAGUUUCUUCCGAAGAGUUUUAGUCUCAAACCUCAACCCCUUUUUUUCUCAAAGGAAGAAGCGAAGCCGAAAGAGGAAAAACAGAGUAUCAUUGAAGUUCAAGAACCAGAGAUCAUCGAUGUAGCAGAGCUCAUGAGAGAUCUUGAAGAUGAGGAAAUGGAGUCUGAGGAAGAAAGAAGCAAUCAAGAGAGCAUUUCGCCGCCGGUAGAGGCAAAAGAUUCAGUUGGUUUGGGGAUUGAUAGUGUAAUUUCGAGAAAAGUGGGGUCCAAAGCUUGUAGACAAACACCCUUGUCGGAGAUUGACAUCUCGUCUUUCCGAAGGCCGGAGUUGAACUCCGGGACCCUCUUUGAUCCAAAUUUACUGGCUGCGUUUGAGGAAGCCAUGAAAGAGCACGUUAGGAUGAGUGAAGCUGAUCGACAAUCAAGAACAGAGCAAGUGAAACUUGAGAAAAACAGAGAAGAAGAAGCAGAGAGAAUUGUAAAUGUAGAAGAAAUGGAACUAAAUAAGGAGAACGAACCCCCCAAAAAGGCGUGUCGAGUCGAGGAAGAAAACCCAUUAUCGGUCUUUGAAGAGAAUUGCCCACCUGGUGGUAGUGAAGCAGUGAUUUUCUACACAACAACACUCAGAGGGAUUCGAAAAACCUUCGAAGAUUGUAACAGAAUUCGAUUUCUUUUGGAGAGUUUUCGGGUAUUAUUUUACGAGAGGGAUGUAUCGAUGCAUACAGAAUAUAAGGAGGAGUUGUGGGGGAUUUUGGGUGGCAAAGCAGUUCCUCCAAGGCUGUUUAUAAAGGGAAGGCACAUUGGUGGAGCUGAAGAGGUUUUAGGAUUGCAUGAGCAGGGGAAGCUCAGGUUAUUAUUUGAAGGGAUUCCGAUUAAUCGAUCGGACAAUCCCUGCGCAGGAUGUGCCGGAUUCCGGUUUGUUCUGUGCUUCAACUGUAAUGGCAGUCACAAGGUUAUUGCAGAUGAUGAUGGGUUGUCAAGUAAAUGCGAAGAGUGUAAUGAGAAUGGCUUGAAAAUAUGCCCUAUUUGUUGCUGUUGAUGAUUGCAGAGUUUUCAUGGAUGCUGCCUUCUUGUCCUGUUUUUGUAUCACACUAGUAAUUCUUUUAGAUAUUUGUUGUGAAGUUUUCACUCCUUACUUACUAUGUAAAAUUCACAAAGAAUAAACUAUCUUUAAAAAUGGACACUUUUAGCAGCAAA